CAAACAUGCCUUUUCGUACAAGAUUGGCGCGAGCCCGAUGCCAUUUGUGAAACUAUGAUAAAUAGGUUAUCGAUGUACAAUUAUUUACAAGGUAAUGAUGACAGUUCAAACAGUACUAAAAUGCAACGGAAAGACAGGUCCGAUAAUAUUAUUUCUGUCCGUGGACCGUGACAACGGACCUGGGCUCUCGUGACAUUUAACGGCAAACGGCAAUGCGCAUGUGAAUAUGCAGUUCAGUUUGUUUUUGCGCGCCCACUAGGUGAAACGAAGGGCACGAGCAAAACCAGGACACGGAAAGGACUGGGGCGGCGCAGAAUCGAAUGAACUCAGGAUCUUGAAAGUUGUGGUUAUUUCCAACCCUACCGAGUUCGUUUAUAACGGACGGUUCGAUGAAUGAUCGAAUCUAUUAAAGAGGUUAAUUCACAGAAAGAAGCCCGUGGAAGUUGGGCAGAUUUUCAACUGCUAUGAGGAUUCUCAAAUUCUUCAUGGGGUACAGUUGCAGAACGCUAUGAACGCUGCCUGCUGUGUGACGUUGGCUUUGUUUGAAGAAGUUGCGUGAAACUGGUAACUUCCACUCUGGGUCAGACAUGUCUGUGAUAGUGGGAGCGGGGCGGUUCAUAGCCCAGAGGGUUACCAGAAGCAUCACCUACUACUACACCAGCCGGACACCAGGGGGCGAUAGCCCAUCCCCCUCUCCUCCCACCAUCUCCCCCACCUCCUCACAUCUAGACGCUCCUUUUCCCUCACCCUCGUACUCCCUCUCCACCCCCUUGCUCCCAGACUUGCCCACUCACCACGACGUUUCCUCAAUUCUCACCCCUUCCGCUUUGGAUGUACCACCCCUCUCUCCAUCCUCGCCCUCCUCCCACCGUCCCCUCCUCCUCCUUUUCCCGUGGCUUGGCGCGCGACCAGGGGCCAUGGCGAAGUACCGGGACAUCUACCUGGAACGCGGCCUGGACAUCCUAUCUGUGGAGAGCACUGUGUGGUACUUCCUGUGGCCUCGCUGGGGGCUGGAGUAUGCAGCCGAGGUCCUGGAGCUCCUUGACGACCCGCGUUUCAAAGGGCGCCCCCUUCUGGUCCACGCCUUCUCCAUCGGCGGGUACACCUUCACCCAGCUGCUCAGCCAGAUGGUCAGGGAGCCACACAAGUACCCAGGCCUGGCCCAACGGGUCAUAGGACAUGUCUAUGACAGCCUGGUGAUCGGGUCGCUGGAGCAUAUGGCUACAGGCCUGGGCAAGACCCUGUUCCCUCGUAUCGAGCCCCUGGUGCGAUACACCGCUCUGCUCUACUUCUGGCUCUUCAAAUCCCAGACGGUGCACUACUACGACAACUCAGUCCAGGUCUUCUACAACAGCCCCGUCACUGCCCCGGCGCUCUUCUUCUUCUGCGAGAACGACGCGAUGUGCGACCCCGUCACCAUGGAGGCGGUCCUCGACUUCUGGAGGAAGCGGGGCGUUGCUGUGGAAACCAGGAAGUGGAAGGAGUCUGUGCACGCUGCUCAUCUACGCUGUCACCCAGAGGAGUACCUCUCCACGUUAGAGACAUUUUUUUACUCGCUCAACAUCGCCCCCCUCAGGGCUAAGAUGUAAAUGGCUCAUGUGCUAAUCACAGUGUGGUGUUUGAUAAUUCAAUAAAGCCUGCAUACUCAUGCUCCAACACAAAUGCUUAUAACACAUGUUAUAACAUAGUAUAACAUAUUGUAGUCAUGUAGCAGAAACUUUUAUCCAUAGAAACUUGGUUGACACCUACCCAGCAUAUGGGUCAGGAGGGAAUCUAACCCACAACACACAAGUUUUACUUCCCUGUUGCUAUAAUAACAACAUAUCCAAACCUAACUCCUAGCAUGUGUUUUGACUGUGUUAUGUAUUAUUAUCUAUUUGUACAGAUAUAGAAUCUUAAUUUGACCAGCAUUGUCAUAGCAAAAUAAUGAAUGUUUAGUCCAUAAUGUUUCUUGAUCAGUAGUCAGGCUAUUAAAAGUUGGCAACAUUAAAAGUGCAGUACUGUUAAUAUAAUUGUGUUAGUGUGGGUUUUCUGUGAAUGUAUGUAAAUCACGAAGCUCAUCUUCAUUUGCUGCGGUACAGGAAAAUUCUCAGUAACAGAAGUGAUCAAACUAAGUUACUAUAUCUGUAUGUGAGCUUACACAAUAUUGUCUAUGACACAGUCCAUAUGCACCAGAUAAGGCCAAGGUCACUAUCUUUAAGGUGAAACACAUGACGAACACAACUCACUAUACGUUGAUUUGCAAUAAUGAAUUAUUUAGUAUUUGAUUGUAAUUGUUUUUACAUUAGUAUAUAUUCAUUCUCAAUAGCUGGUGAUAGGGAGUACAGUGGAAGAAAGAGGGAGAGGAAACAUUUUGAAGAUGAGGAGGAAUACAGAAAGAAUGAGGGUGAGCGUAACAAGAAAGGAAAGAAAUAGAAAAGAAACACAGGAGAUAGGGAAGAGAUAAUAUGAGGUGGAAAAAGAGAGAGAGGCUACUGAGAAGUCAAGAUGAGGUACUGUAUAUGGAAAUUCUCUUCAGUCACAGAGAACCAGGACCUGUUCUGGAAGUAGUUCAUGCUUGUCAAUUCAAUGAGUAGUGAGUGACAAACACAAUCUGUGGGAGGUUUUCUUAUCAGGCAUUUCCAUUAUAUGUUGCAUAUUCAAUCUAGUUUGCAUUAAACUUUUGUCUGUUUUGGUCUCAGAAAACAAGAGUUGUUUAUGAGGAGUUAAAGGCUUAACUUGUGGUGAGGUAUCUUGGCCAAGGGUACAUCCUGUGAAAUCCCAUCCCCCGUGAUAUUGACUGCACACACCCCAGUAGGCAUAUGUUUGCACUUGAGGAACAACCUAUGCCUAACCUCUGGCACCGGCACAAAGAGACUUUGAACCAUACAUAAAUAUAGGCACGUGCACGUGUAACGGGGUAGAACUGUUGAUAUUGUGAACGUAGCCUUGUUGGGCUGUCCGUCCCAGGUGUGGCUCAUUGUUGAUUAAGGGUGUGACCCACAGUAUUUAAGUCAGCUCUGUUUGUUCAGUCAGGGGUUUCACUUUACUACGUUAAGGUCGGUAUGCCUUGGGUGUUUGGGAAAUCCUGACCUAAACUUCAGGAAUAGUAUUUUGUAUAUUUUUCCCACGUUACACACAGUAAGUGUGCAGAAAGAAGACUGAAUAAGGAUAGAAAAUAAACUAAUGGGUCAAAUAGUAUCAGAAUAAAAUAGACUGUUAGAUGCAUGAACACUGUUUGUUACAACUGGUAAGAGCAUUUUGAUUAUUCUGUACGUAAAUCCAAGACACUCCAUUUAGUAUGACAUGUCAUGUUUAGUAUGGUUGCAUAAGACAGAUGGUUACUUAGGGCAAACAUGAAAGUAGGGUAGCUGGAUGGGUGGGCGUUUAACAUAAACGUCUAGCAACCCAAAUGUUGAGAGUUUGAAUCUCAUCCCAGACAACAAACAUUUUAGCUAAUGAUCAACUUAUUCCUCCCUAUUUGAC